AUGGCGUCUGGGACAAUGGGAGGAGGCGGAGGCUUGUCCGAGGUUUAUAGUAAUGCGAAAAAGAUUCUACUUAGGACUCGUUACGGAGUUGAGAGGUUCGAGUCAGCUCCUAUGGAUUCUCCCGAGCUAGCGUCUUCCGUGAAACGAGACAUUACUGAGCUCCAAUCUCUCUGCUCCAACAUGGACGCUCUCUGGCGCUCAAUCCCUGUCAAAUCCCAACGUGAUCUCUGGAGAAGAAAGACUGAACAAGUGGGAGAGGAGGCGGAGUAUUUGAACCAAAGUCUGGAAAAACACAUGUCGAGGAACCAGAGAAAGAUGUUGGAAGCUAAAGAGAAGGCGGAUUUGUUGGGAAGAGCGAGCGGAGAAGGAGCCCACAUUCUACAAAUAUUCGAUGAGGAAGCUCAAGCAAUGAACUCUGUGAAGAACUCAAAGAGAAUGCUCGAAGAUUCGUUUUCAAGUGGAGUUGCUAUACUCUCCAAAUACGCUGAACAAAGGGAUCGUUUCAAGAGUGCACAGCGUAAAGCUUUGGAUGUUUUGAACACGGUAGGGCUCUCAAACUCGGUAUUGAGGCUCAUUGAGAGGCGUAAUCGUGUGGACACUUGGAUCAAAUACGCCGGUAUGAUCGCAACGCUUGUCAUUUUGUAUUUUUUCAUAAGAUGGACACGCUAA